UAGUCAUAGUUAUAAUCGUCCAAUGAACAAGCCCUUGUGUGCCAAGCGCCCUGUAUAUAAAAGCCAAAAUACUUCCCUUUAGUUCAUUAUUUCAACUUUUAACUGAAUGAAUGGGAAGGCCGUUAUUCUAAACUCAACUUACGAUUGGAACAAACUUGUGGAUUUUACACUGACAUAAUGGUGAAGUUUGUGAGCGGAAAGACGGGUUACCAUGAUGAAAUCUUCAACAUGUGGAAUCGUGAAAUACAGCAAGGUAAUAAGAUGGAAGGAGACGAGAGACAUAUCAGCACUGCUCGCAUCGACCUCACCCCACCCACAUCACCUAAACCUACAGGGGAUACUCCACACCCACCUGCCCCCAGUACUACUGCUACUUCUACGGAAGUUUCAGAGAAGCCCAUUGACAGUAUGGACUCAGUCAAAACAGAGGUCAGGGAGUUCUUCCGUAGAUGCAGAGAAAUGCUUGACAGCAGAGAACAGGCCCUUCUACAACAGCUUUCUGAAGAGAGAAAAGUCAUAAAGCCCCCUCUAUUGACAAAGAAGAGAAAGUCAGUCAAGAACCACACACAUCAGCUCAAGCUGAACCCACUGGGGUCGAUAGAGGAAGGUAGCGGCAGUGAUGAGAACAAACCCUUGAACAACAAGGAAGAAGAGAAGCAAAACGGAUGCGAGGUGGAGCUGAAUGCCAAAGACACUCUGAAAAGAAAACGUGGAAGAAAGCUGAAAACUGCCAGGCACGUCGACCUCAAGGAUGAGAAUGGAUAUCAUCCCACAUCAAAUCUGAGCAAGUUUCACUUGAGUAAAAUAGACAAGAAGGAGAUGAAACAAUACGAAAAUGCUGUCCAAAAUCUGGGAUUGAUCUAUGUGGGCAAUGCGGAUCCUUCAAAAACAAUCGCAGUGGCACGGCCAGCGUUGGUGUGCGCAAAGUGCACUGCUAAAGUGAAAGCUAUUGAUAAGCGGGGUAAAGAAUGUAAGCAAGGAGGGGACAGCUUUACUGCUAACAUGCAAACCCCUGAUGGAGGGUCGCUCCCUUGUGAGUUCUUUGAUAAUGACAAUGGGACCUACACUAUUACCUUCAGACCAAAAGUGGCCGGGACACAUGAACUGAACAUUCUAGUCUCUGGACAGCCAAUCAAAAGCAGCCCUUUGCAGGUCAAAGUACAGCCAGUAAGGUUACAGGCCAAGAGUUCCUUUGUUGGUGGUCCGUGCAUGUUUGGGUUGGACAUUCCGAACAGGUAUAGGGUUCCUUUUGGGGAUAAACGCGAUGAGAGCGAGAUGGAACGGGCCCGUCUCACUCCUGAUAUGAUGAACAUUUUCGUAAGAGAUCAGGAGGGGAAACCUGUGGAUUCCUCGGUCGUAGGCUGCGUUUGCAAUGACAGGGAAGUCUCAACCUACAAUGUUCGAUUCUUGCCAGCAUCACCAGGGGAUUAUGACAUCAAUGUGCUUCUAAAGACAACAGGUGAUGUCAUCGCUCAACAGGUUAUACCCGUUCAUGCAAAGGAACAGAUAGGACGCAGCGGAAGUGGUGUAGGGGAACUGCUCAACCCGACAGACCUCACCAUAACCCCUCAUGGGGACAUCUUUGUAGCGGAUACUGUAGAGAACUCUCGCAUCCAGCGCUUCUCCUCAGACGGUAGAUACCUCAGUCAAUUCCCAGUAGACUUCCAAGAACCGGCUUUGAUAGGUUCCGACUCUGCUCACAUUGCAGCAGUGUUCCUAAGCUCAAAGCAAGUAGUUGUUUACACCUACGAUGGCUACCCCGUCCAUCAGUUUGGACAUGACCAGCUUACCCAUCCUCAUGGUAUAGCUCUCAACUCCCAGGGAAACAUCCACAUAAUUGACCUCACCUUACAAUGCCUUCUAAUCUUCACCAAGGUCGGCAAGCUUCUUACUCGUCUUGGACAAGACGGUUCCCGCCCGGGAGAAUUCAACCAUCCCCAUUUCAUCGCCAUCGGCUCCGAUGAUCACAUAUUCGUGAGCGAAGCCCGCAACUUCCGCAUCCAGGAGCUUAGCAGCAUUGGCUCUUACGUCAAAGAACUCCGCUCCAAGGACAAAAUGGCUGAACCCGGAUCCAUCGCCAUAACGACUGGAGGUCACCUUCUGGUGCACGACGAGAAGAGCCAGAAGAUACAGAUUGUUAACUUGGAUGAGAAUCGAUUUGCAGGAAGUCUGCCUUUAGAGCUUAUCCAACCAAACACCGGACGCAUCGAUGUUACACAUGAUGGUUACAUAAUCAUCCUAGACAUGUUUCAUCACUGCCUUUGGCGAUACCGUAUACCAUAUGAAUCUUAGGACAUUAUAUUUGUUUGCAAGAUAUUAUGUCUAUAUCUAUUGUACAGAAAAUUGUGUGAAAUAUACACUGAACAACAAAGAUAUAUUGAUUUUUUUGUGUGCCUAUAAACCAAAGUGAAUGCAGUAUUGUAGGAAUCUUGAAUCGAUGUACCGGUACAUGUAUUUAGUAAAAAAACAUAUUUGGGUGUGAGCUUUGCGAAUCAACAUGGCCUGUUAAAAUAACCAUGUAAUUCAUUCUCGGCAAGCAGUUAUCUGGGGGUAUUAAAUAAUAUCAUGUACAGUACAAUUUCAGAAUUAUGUACUGCUCCAAUGAUAAAUACAUACUUUUUCAGAUUUAUUUAUUGUCAUUUCUUUCCUCUGAAAUUUGUUUGGAGUUUUAAAGUUUCAUUUUUAGGACAAGAUUUAAGUUAUUAUUGAGAAAAAUCAAAGGAUAAAUUGUUAUCAAUUUCAAAUUAUUUAGAUGGUACUGGUAACUAAAAAAUAGUAUGUAAUUUCAAGUGUCUGUCCCCCCCCCCCAUAUCUAUAUUUCAAAGAUUUUUAUAAAUUCACCAAAACUUGACCAAAAAAGGCCCAUCUUUGCAACUAUCUGAAAGUAUUUGAUCAAAUAAUGUGCAAAUGUGUCAUGUGCUUUAUUUUCAUUUAAAAUAAAUGGGUGAGUGGCAUUGUUUGUUCUGAAUAUGUUUUGAAAGUAAUAGAGGUGUCAGUGCUUUACAAGUGUUACAUGUUCAUGCUGCACAAAGUGUUCCUUGUAGAAUACUUUAAAU